AUGCCACAACCUUUAUCUUCGAAAGAGUCCUCACUCUUCAGGACCGUGGUUCGAAAUUAUGAAGAUAAGCAGUACAAGAAAGGUUUGAAAGCUGCCGACCAGAUUCUGAAAAAGAACCCUAAACAUGGAGAUACUUUGGCCAUGAAAGCUUUGAUUCUAAAUUCUCAAGGGAAAUCCGAUGAAGCGUUUGCGCUUGCGAAAGUGGCUCUCCAAUGCGACUUCAAAUCACACGUCUGUUGGCACGUCUACGGGCUGCUCUAUCGUGCCGCAAAAAACUUCGAAGAAGCUAUCAAAGCAUACAAAUUUGCUCUAAAGCUAGAACCAGACUCGCAGCAGAUCCAGAGAGAUUUGGCGCUUUUACAAGUACAAAUGCGUGAUUAUGCAGGCUAUAUUGUUAGUCGCAAAGCUAUGCUAACUGCUAGAUCUACCAGUCGACAAAGCUGGACUGCUUUAGCUGUGGCAUACCAUCUCAAUGGCGAAUUGGCAGAAGCAGAGAGAACUCUGACCACGUAUGAGGGAACUUUGAAGAAUCCACCCUCCAAACUCGAUUUCGAGAACUCGGAAGCUGUUAUGUACAAAAUUACGUUGAUCGCAGAACAAGGUGAUAUCAAGAGAGCUUUGGAAUGUCUCGAAUCGGAUGGCAAACACAACCUCGACCGGCUAGCUGUUAUGGAGCUGAGGGCAAAAUACUUGUUCGAGCUUGGACGAAAGGAGGAAGCUGUAAAGGCAUAUCGUGCGCUGGUGGACCGCAACCAGGAAUUCAAAACCUACUACGAUUCCUUAAUCCAAGCUAUGGAGAUCGACCCAACCGAUUUGAAGGCUCGCAAAGCUAUUUACGAUGAAUAUGCAGAGAAAUACCCACGAUGUGACGCUGCGCGCCGGUUACCGUUGGAUUUCUUAGAAGGGGAGGAAUUUAAAGAGGCCGCAGACAAGUACAUUCACCGUAUGCUGGAUAAGGGGGUUCCAUCCACAUUCGCAAACCUGAAGCAUCUGUAUGCCGAUGCAUCUAAGAAGGAAGUCUUACCGUCUAUCGUUCAACAGUAUAUCGAGAGUGGGAAAAGUGAAGAAAGUUCGGAACCAAAGAGAAACGGUGAUACAUCCAAGGGCAACUCUUCGGCUUACUACUUCCUCGCACAACAUUACAACUAUUAUUUGAGCCGCGACCUUGACAAGGCUUUGGAGUAUAUUGAGAAAGCUAUCGAAUUAGAACCUAAGAGCGUAGAUUUCCACAUGACAAAGGCGCGUAUAUUUAAGCAUCAAGGAAAUACUCAAAAAGCCUCUGAGAUAAUGGAAGAAGCUCGCAGUCUUGACACCAGGGAUCGUCACAUCAACACCAAGGCUGCCAAGUAUCAACUUAGAAAUGAUGAAAACGAAAACGCCUUGAAGACUAUGGGCAUGUUUACAAGGGCUGAGACUGUGGGUGGACCGCUAGCAGAUCUUCAUGAUAUGCAAUGUGUCUGGUUUUUGACAGAGGAUGGAGAGUCUUAUGCUCGCCAAAAUAAAAUUGGCUUGGCUCUCAAGAGAUUUACGGCAGUCUACAACAUUUUUGAUGUCUGGUAUGAAGAUCAAUUCGAUUUCCAUUCUUUCUUCUUACGUAAGGGUCAAAUUAGAGCCUAUGUAGAUAUGAUGAAGUGGGAAGAUAAAAUCAGAGAACACCCCUUUUAUAGUCGAGCAGCUCUUUCGGCCGUAAAAGUGUAUCUUUCGAUGCAUGAUAAGCCAACAUCAAACGGAGUCAACGGAUCUGCAGAAGAAUCCGAGGCAGAUGCUCUGGAACGCAAGAAGGCAGCAAAGAAGGCGAGAAAGGAAGCAGAGCGUCUGGAAAAAGAAGCUUUGGCAAAGAAAAAUGAACCCAAUAAGCCAGUGAAGGAUCAGGAUGGGGAAGUAAAGAAGAAGGAUGAUGAUCCCAAUGGAGAGAAACUAGCAGAGACCAAGGAACCGCUGGUUGAUGCUAUGAAGUUUUUGAGUCCGUUAUUGCAGUUCAGUCCCAAGAAUAUUGAGGCGCAAAUUCUGGGAUUCGAGGUAUUUGUUCGUAGACAGAAACACCUCCUCGCGCUUAAAUGUCUCAUGGCUGCAUCAGCUAUUGACAAGGAGAAUGAAAGUGUAAAAGAACAGAAGAUUCGCUUCCAGAAGGUCGUGGAAUCGGGACUUGAGGGAACCGAUGCUAAGGUCGUGGAGAUCAUUAAGGAGGAGUUUGCUAAGCUGUGA